UGUAGUUCAAAACGUCUAUUCCGGUGUGUCUGCAUCUGUCAGAAUGGCUCGUUCAAUAUCCAUUCAUUUCGCUGUUUUAUCUUCUAUAUAUUUCCUUUUUAUUGCCAGAUUUGUAAAUUGCAACAACGGGAGGCGGAUUGGAGACACUUUGGACGCCGAAUUAAGUGGGUUUUCGGUUCCACUUGAACAUUCAUUUGAAGCUGAUGAUGUGACAAACUUUCGUGUUCGAGGAUCUUUGAUUUUAAAACCUGGACGAGAGCAGAGUGUCUCCCUCUCUCAAAGCCAACUCUCAGAGGAGGACAGAAUCAGACUCAAGGAGGUGGCAGCAGUGGACGGCCUGUAUAAGAUCAGAGUGCCUCGAGUUUCACUUCAGCCCGACAGAACAGAGAGGCAGAUGGACGGAUACCUCACAGCCUUCGUCAGAGCUUGUGCGAUGGUAGAGUCCCACCUGAGCGACGUCCUGACGCUGCACACGGAUGUAUCGGGCGUCCUGAUUGGAGUUUCCAUAGUGACGGUCCCUGGCGCCUGCAGAGGGACAGAGGUGGAGGAUGAGGUCGACCUGGAGGUUUUCAACACCACCCUGACCGUCAUGGCCCCCACCAGUGCCCCCGGGCCCGAAACUGCACUCUUCCUGGAACGUUUGGAGCAAGAAACGGAGAAGAAAGGCAAGAAUCCUCAGGAGCAGAAAUCCUUCUUUGCAAAAUAUUGGUAUUUGAUUCUGGGAGGCGCCAUCUUCCUCAUGCUUACCAAUUCGGCCCAGCCCCCACCAGGGGGCGCCAGAGAGCAGAGCUGAUCCCACUGAAUGGAUGUACAUCGUGCCGCUCGUUCUCUUCCUGAUGAUGUCAGGAGCUCAGGACCAAUCAGGAGGCGGCGCUGGAGGCGGAGCAGCCAAUGGGGGAGGCCGAUAAGCUCAGAACUGUUGACACACUGCAAGAAUGGAAGAAGGGGAAAUCUAUGUUUGUGUAAAUUACUUGAAUUGGGAACGUGAUAGGUACUUAUUUUGUGGCAUUUCUGAACCAUUUUCUGUAUAGUAUGUCCCAGUCUUAAAAGUAGGAUAUGUAGUCUGUUCUCUUUAUGUUUAAAAAAUAUAUAUAUACAAUCACAACUGAACCUGAGUUGCCAGACCCUAAACCAGUUUGUCUCAUUCUCAGUUUAUGGACAGGCCUCAUGUGAAAGCUCAGAAGCUCCAUAAUUCCCUCUCUGAGCUGCAGAGUCAUGACUGGAUGCAGGUGCUGGGGUUUAGAGGCAUUUUAGGUUUAAACCAACUGGAUUUCAGCAUUGGAACUGACAACCCAAAUGAGAGAGUCACGUGAGGCUCAUUCUGCUUUCUGAUUGGAUGAUUGACAUUUCAGCUUUGGAGUUGCCCAUCUCUUCUGAACUAAAGGUAAAAUGUAGCUGUUACCUUGAAAAUUACCAAUACAUGACAUCACACGGUGGAACAGAACAUUUAGAGCUUUGGAAAUGUAGACGGCCAUGUGUGAAUAAAACAAAACACAACUCUGGGUAUGUUUUUGCGAAACAUCUAAACAUGGCUUAAAGAUCACAAGAAUCCAUUUUUGUAAUAAAGGACCUUUAAUCAAAUAAUUUUAGCAAACAUAGAUCCUCCCUUUAGUGUUUUCAUGUGACCUGCUGUACAUAAUGCUGUCUGUGAAUGGACUCUGUAAGAGGAGAAAAUUGAGCCUGAAAUGACUGUUUAAUACGACUAAUAAAAAAUAUUUAUUACAAUUGGA